UCCCGGGGUGCGUCGCGGGGAGGCCGGGCGAGGCGGGCGGUUCCGGCGCCCGCGCUGAGCGGCUACGAGGGGCGGGGACCCGAGUGGCCCGCGCGUCUGCCCUCAGUGAGGCGGGGCGCGCGGCGGACGCCCCCGGGCAGGGGCGGGAGCGGUGGAGGCGCUGGUGGCUGGAGCUGAAAGGGCUGGUGAGCGAGCUGCUCCGAUCUCUAGGCGAGGCUUGGCCUCCCGUGCCGAGACGGGGCGAAGCGGCGGCGGCGGCGGCCCUCGGGCCGGCUGGUGAGGCGAUGGCGGCGCCGGGCCCGGGGGCUGGGGCAGCCUCGGGCGGCGCUGGCUGCGGUGGAGCGGGCGCGGGUUCGGGGUCCUCCGGGGCCGGCGGCCGACUGCCCAGCCGGGUGCUGGAGUUGGUGUUCUCUUACCUGGAGCUGUCCGAGCUGCGGAGCUGCGCCCUGGUGUGCAAGCACUGGUACCGCUGCCUCCACGGAGACGAGAACAGCGAGGUGUGGCGGAGCCUGUGCGCCCGCAGCCUGGCAGAAGAGGCUCUGCGCACGGACAUCCUCUGCAACCUGCCCAGCUACAAGGCCAAGGUACGUGCUUUCCAACAUGCCUUCAGCACAAAUGACUGCUCCAGGAAUGUCUACAUCAAGAAGAAUGGCUUUACAUUGCAUCGGAACCCCAUCGCUCAGAGCACCGAUGGUGCAAGGACCAAGAUUGGUUUCAGUGAGGGCCGCCACGCCUGGGAAGUAUGGUGGGAGGGCCCUUUGGGCACUGUGGCAGUGAUAGGAAUUGCUACGAAGCGGGCCCCUAUGCAGUGCCAAGGUUAUGUGGCAUUGCUGGGGAGUGACGACCAGAGCUGGGGCUGGAAUCUGGUGGACAAUAAUCUACUACACAAUGGGGAAGUCAAUGGCAGUUUUCCACAGUGCAACAACGCACCAAAGUAUCAGAUAGGAGAGAGAAUCCGAGUCAUCUUGGACAUGGAAGAUAAGACUUUAGCUUUUGAGCGUGGGUAUGAGUUCCUGGGGGUUGCCUUUCGAGGACUUCCGAAGGCCUGCUUGUACCCAGCAGUGUCUGCUGUAUAUGGCAACACAGAAGUGACUUUGGUUUAUCUUGGGAAACCUUUGGAUGGAUGACAGCGGCUUUCUGGAAAGAAGGACAGUGGAGAAGAGAUCUACUUGCGGAAAGUAGAGCCAUGAAGUGAUAGUAUCAUGUGUGCAUGCCCAAGGAACAUCCUGAAAAUGCGUGGAUUGAGAACUGGAGAAGAAGCUGUACAACAGAGAUGAUCUUAAUGUUUCCUCUUUCCACUGGGCCAGAAAAAUCCUCAGGGUUGCAGUUGGUUGAGUGGGCAGUUGACAUAUGCAUGUUGCCACAGAUUCUUCUCUACCUUAGCAGUGUGUUACUCCAGCUCAUAGGUGAGGUGUAGAGAUGUUGUAGAAGGGAGCACAGGAUUGUAUGGAGUGUCUCUGAAGAAGGUUCAGUCCCAUCUUACAGCUGCCUGUUCUUCCUCCAGUCCCUUACUUCUAGCCAGCUUGACUUAGAAAGUAUGAAACUGGCUGGGUUUUAUUUAAUAUUUUUUAAUAUAUUGAGAAGCAUGGUCUGCCUGGACUGCACUUCUCUAGCAAUGAGAAAUAAAAUUGUGCAGCUAUUUUAAAAGUUGUAUAUAUAAUGUGUGUAAAAACUGUAAAGAAAAAAAACAAAAGGACAAAGGGAUUGCUUUGUUCUAAUUCAGUUUCUUACAAAUCACUACAUGGUACAAAAUUAGAGUGACAUUCGGAGACAGUAGGGUAAUACAAAGAAGAAGAGGAGACAUGUUGUACUAACUCAUUUGUGUUUGGGCUUAUAGUCCAUGACUGUAACAGAAUUAUUAAAUGUUCCUCAGCUGGCCAAAGACUGGGGCAAUUGAGCUACUUAUAAUUAGGCAUCUGCCAGCAAGGCUGAUGCAGACGUAAUAGGAAUGUGCAUCUCUUGGCAUUUGACUUCAGUUUUUGGCCUUCUGAGAAAACUGGUCUCCACACAGAACAGUCCUAGCUGCUCUUACAGUACGUAGUAUGAGCGCUAUUAGUAUAAACCCUAUAACACAUGGUCAACGGUUCUUUUAUUUCCUAACUUUAUAAUGCUAUAGAUGUUAUGAAGAAUUUCUAAUUUCAUAUUGUUUACAUUGUACAACAGUCGAAGCCUCAAAGUCUCCACUGAGGCUGUCAACAACGUUUACUCACCCACUUGAGACAGAGCCAGUCCCCCAGGUUAGGAGUGUCCUUAAUCACCUAGGUUUUGCCCCAUGGGACUUAAUGCUGAGUGGAACGUUAUUCCUAUUUUCACCCAUAAACCUUCUCACUAAUACUCUCUGGAAUUAAUUCAACACACAUGAGCUGAAGGUUUUGCUUUUUUCUUUUGUUACAACAGAAACAUCUUUCUGUAUGAAAGUAUAAUUAAUAUGGUUCAGAUACAUAAGAAUUGAUGAAGGCAAGUAAAAUCUUUGUACUUUUUACAUGAUUGCUGUAUGUAUAUUUUGUUUUAAAUCUAAUAAAGUUAGGGACAGUGAGCAGCUUGCUGGGGUUCUUGGAGUCCUUGAGAAUUAAACUUGUCAAUACUGCUAUUAAACAGGAGGCUCCAGCCAUAGAACAGGUCUGUAGUUGCCUCCUGAAAUGGUUACUGGUAUUUACUGUGUAUUUGCUAUGUUGCUUGAAAAAGAGACAUUUGUUAAAGAUCUUUUUUAUAAUCUGUAUCAAGAAGAAACCUUGUACAACGUGGAACUAUAUGUUAAACAUAUUAAGGAAGAUAGGUGGCCCAGGAACUGGUUUUUUUGUUUGUUUGUUUGUUUUUGGUUUUGUUUUUGUUUUGUUUCUGGUCUAGAACAACUCAAUUUGGUGGUGUGUAAAAUUUGAUUGGAGACCUGGCUAAAGAUGAAGACAGAGGUAGUCCUUAAGUUCUUGUUGCAUCUUCAGGUUAUGACAAGUCCUCCAGCUUCUCGUGGGUUUGACUUAUAAUUUUGUUUCUGUCUUGUCAUAAAUGUUCAUUUGCAACACAGUUCUGAUGGUGCUGACUGAAAAAGAAAAUCACAUGGUUAUUCAUUUCUCAUUGAACCUAAAAUCAGGUAAUUGCCUAUUUAACACCAAGCCAGUGUUUCUGUGUUUUGUUUUUGAUUUUUUUAAGACCGGUUCUCGCUGUGUAGCUCAAGCUAUCCUUGAACUCACAGUGGUCUUCCCUGCCUCAGCCUCCCCAAUACUGGGAAUACAAGUAUAUGCCCCAUUCCCAGAACAAGCCAUUCUUAGUUCAAAGAGUUCAAUGUUGCUAGUUAGGAUGAGCAUCAGGUGAGCGGAGGCCCUUCAUUUAUACUGGGUCUGUUACUGGAGACCAAUAGAUCAAUAAGGCAAACUGCUCAGUGUUGAAGGAGGUGGUUAGAAAGCAUGUAGAAGAAAACAUUUGUACCUGAAGACUGAGUAUAUCCCCUAAAUCAGUGCUGCUCCAGCUCGACUGGAUUUUGGAGAAAUCUAAGAAAUACUUAAGCUUGGGCCCCCUAAUCCUGAUUCUGGUGUUGCUGGGGUAUGUUCUGACCAUAAGGGUUUAAAAAUGUCCUGCUGGUUUCAGAAUGCUGCCCAAGGUUGAGAGCAGAUGUGCUAAUUUCGCCUAGAGUUUUUUCAUCUACACAGUAGGAAAUCCUUGCUCCCCUCACUACCUCACAAGGAUACAGAGGCUACAAGAGAAAACACCAAGAGUUCGGGUGUUGUAGGUGAAAAGCUACAGAAAGGCGAGCAUCUGUUCUAUUUCACCUGCAGCUGUGAUCAGGGAAACAUGUAAUUGAAUUUGUUGUUGCUAUGGGGAGCUCUUGUGCGAUUGUUUGAGGAAGCAUGCAUGGGUGGAACAAACCUUAAUUACUAUUACUCUAUUCACUAUGGUCUUCUGUCCUACUUGAGACAGGCUGUCAUAAUUAUCUGGGUUUUCAUAGGAAAGAAGAAAUAUUAAGGCUUAAUUCUGUAAUGUUCAUUGGCUCAUAAUUCAUUAAAAAUUCAUACAAGGAA